AGUUGUAACACUUUCUUCGGGGACAGAAGGCUUCCCAAAGUCCGUGCCGACAUUACCGGGGUUCGUACUUUGUAGAUAUCCUUCAAGACUCAGAGUUCAGGGAGAUAUCAAAUACAGGCAGACUUCAAGACUCUAGAGAGAGAAACCUUGACUCACGAACAAGAGCGAAAGAAAAUACUAUCUAAAUCAAUGGAGGACGAUCAGAACACCAACCUGGAAACUGCACGAGCAGACCGAUCGGUGUGGCUGAUGAAGUGCCCGCUCGUUGUGGCUAAAUCAUGGCAAGCUAUUCCGCCCGAUUCUCAACAAAACCUCUCUAAGGUCGUCGUUUCUCUCGAUCCUCUCCAUCCCGAAGAUCCGUCUUCGCUUCAGUUCUCAAUGGAGAUGGCUGGUGGUGAGAUUGCAAAUGUGCCGAAGAGCUAUUCUUUAAAUAUGUUCAAGGAUUUUGUUCCUAUGUGCAUUUUUUCUGAAGCAAACCAAGGAAAGGUUGCUAUGGAAGGGAAAGUUGAGCAUAAGUUUGACAUGAAACCCCAUAACAAGAACAUGGAGGAAUACAGAAAGAUGUGUCGUGAAAGAACAAAUAAGUCUAUGGUUAAGAAUAGACAGAUACAGGUGAUUGAUAAUGACCGAGGUAUGCAUAUGAGGCCUAUGCCUGGAAUGAUUGGCUUGAUUUCUACUAAUUCUAAGGAAAAGAAGAAGGCUUCUGCUCCAGUGAAGGGGCCGGAAGUUAAGAGAACAAGGAGGGAUCGUGGAGAACUUGAAGAUAUCAUGUUUAAGCUUUUUGAAAGACAGCCUAAUUGGGCUUUAAAACAGUUGGUCAUAGAGACGGACCAGCCAGCUCAAUUCUUGAAAGAGAUAUUGAACGAUUUGUGUGUGUACAAUAAACGUGGAACCAAUCAAGGAACUUAUGAGCUGAAGCCAGAGUAUAAGAAAUCAAUAGAGGAUGCAGAUGCUGAAUAAACUCAUAAAUAAACCAAUGGAUCCAAACAGACUUUUUCUUUGUUCUAACUGAAACCAAACUUGUAACAAGUCUUAUAUCGUGCGAGAAAUGAAAGAGACAUGCU